AUGGAACAUGCUGAUGAUGCUGGAUUCCCCGGAGGACCUAUGUUGAGACAUGUGUUGACACAGUAUGAGCACCACGUGGCUCGGCGGCUAUGGGAAGGAGAGGUGUAUUACAGUGAUGAAACAUGUACAAUCUCUGUACAAUCCGUUGAAGGUAAAUGUGAAGUCAGGAAAAAGAAUGACAUCCUUGAAGGAAGUGCUCCCAGAAUCUUUCAAAAUGUCUUUUUCUGCGAGCUCUUGUAUGAUCCUGCCACUGGCUCACUCAAGAAGUUGCCAGCUCAUAUCAAAGUAAAAUAUUCUAGUGGACAUACAGCUGAUGCUGUGGCUAGAAAGAAAAAGGGAAAAUGCAAAGAGGGAGAUAGCAUUUCAGAUCCUGAUCUUGAAACAAAAACAUCAAAUGAAAAACGUUUAGCAACCUUGGACAUUUUUGCAGGUUGUGGUGGUUUAUCAGAAGGGUUGCACCAGUCGGGGGUUUCAUCAACUAAAUGGGCUAUUGAGUAUGAAGAACCAGCUGGGAAUGCGUUUAAAGCUAAUCAUCCUGAAGCGUUGGUGUUUAUUAACAAUUGUGAUGUUAUUCUUAGAGCUAUAAUGGAGAAAUGUGGGGACAUAGAUGAUUGCAUCUCAACAACUGAUGCUGCAGAAUUGGCCUCUUCACUUGAUGAGAAGGAUUUAAGAAAUUUACCGUUGCCUGGCCAAGUUGAUUUCAUUAAUGGAGGACCUCCAUGCCAGGGUUUCUCUGGGAUGAAUAGAUUCAACACAAGCACUUGGAGUAAGGUCCAGUGUGAGAUGAUAUUAGCAUUCUUAUCCUUUGCUGAUUAUUUCCGGCCGAGGUAUUUCCUGUUGGAGAAUGUGAGGAACUUUGUGUCUUUUAAUAAAGGACAGACAUUCCGUUUAGCUUUGGCUUCACUUUUUGAGAUGGGUUAUCAGAGUUUUUAG